AUGGCUUCAUCUCCGCCUGGAUCAGUUCUUGCGAGCACAGUCACUUUGUUGUCACAUGUUAAUCUAAAUGUCGCUGCACUUGGCUUUGUACCUGCUGCCAUACACUUUGGUCUCAUUAACACUCUAGCAAACAUUGAAGGUUCAGCUAGUGGGGAAGAUGUGCUGACUGCGUAUAGAAGUAGCAAGGGACAUAAGGCUGAGGUGGAUGUACCAUGUUUACGUUUAGUCCAGGAUACCUUGUGUGCCAUAUCUGGGCUGGGCUUUGCUGACACCACCAGCGACGAUCUGUACAGCGCCAACACUAUCGCUAAACUCCUGGCUGCUGUGCCUCCUGCCGAACAUGGGGCACUUCACUUUACAGCCGAAGCCCUGCUCGGGGCCGCAUUUUUGAUGCGGAAACUAAAAGCGGAUAACUUCAAAUAUCCCUUCAAAGAGCUAGAUACGCCCUACCAAUACGCCUAUCAGUUGAUGGGCCAGGAAGAGCUAUCGAAGCAACAUACUUACUCCAUCAUGGCCGCGGAAGGCCGGUUGGACAGCUUUAACCACUUCAUGGUUGGCAAGAUCAUGAAGACAAGUAACACUCCCGAUCGCCUGAAAGUACAGGGAUACUACUUACAAUCGGUGCUCAAUGAGGCAGGAGAUGCUUCCUCAGCUAUCACGGUCGAUAUUGGUGGAGGGCGUGGAGAGCCGCUGUUGGAUAUUAAAGCGGCAUAUCCGGAGCUGCAAGCUUCAGAUCUCGCGGUACAGGCGUUCAACCAAAACAUCAUUGAGGUUUCAGGUGUCACCCUUGCCACGUGGAACUAUAAAGAGGAGAACAGCCCUCAGCCCAAAAUAUCCGAACUCAUGACGCCUCAUUCUCGUCUUCUAAUUCUCGAGUUUUCAAAGAACGUGAAUUAUGCCAAGAUGCAUUCAGCCAUGAUUGCAAUGUACGGAGGACGGGAGAGAAGCGCUCCCGAAUGGCAUCAGAUGGAUGCGUUAGCGGGAUUGGUUGAGAUGAGAAAGAUUUGA